AUGUUACGCCUUCGACUUAUUCCUGCAGUAGCGGGACUAACAGUGGUUUUGCGUCAUCAUCAUGGAAUGGCAUAUCGCACCAGGAGCAGGCACAGACUUAUGUUGGCAGCUUUUAUAGGAACCGCUGCAGCAACAGCAAGUGCUGGACUGUUGUGGAAGAGGGUCCAUGCAGAAGUGCCAUCAUCUGUAAAACACAAUUUAAGGACAGACCCUAAAGAGAAAGAGAAGGACCAGGAGGAAGAGGAAAGCAGUGAGGCUGAUGGAAGGCAGGCAGUUGAAUCAAGUGGUGCAGAGGUUCAGCCAGAAGGGAAGAAGAAGAAACGUUCUGGAUUUAGGGACCGCAAGGUGAUGGAAUAUGAGAAUAGGAUCCGGGCCUACUCCACUCCAGACAAAAUCUUCAGAUACUUUGCCACUUUGAAAGUAAUAAAUGAACACGGAGAUUCAGAGGUGUUUAUGACGCCACAAGAUUUUGUGAGAUCCAUAACUCCUAAUGAAAAACAGCCAGAACAUCUUGGCCUUGAUCAAUUUAUUGUGAAGCGUUAUGAUGGAAAGAUACUGCUUAAAUUUUCAUUUAAAUUAUUAGAUGAACUAAUCCCCAAUCUGCUGUCAAGUAGAAUGAAGUUAUCCCAGGAACGAGAGAAGUUUGCCGAUGAAGACAGUAUAUUUUAUACCCUUGGAGAAUGUGGACUCAUCUCUUUUUCUGACUACAUCUUCCUUACUACUGUUCUUUCCACUCCCCAGAGGAAUUUUGAAAUAGCCUUCAAAAUGUUUGAUCUGAAUGGUGACGGUGAAGUGGACAUGGAAGAGUUCGAGCAGGUCCAAAGCAUCAUUCGCUCCCAAACCAGCAUGGGUAUGCGUCACCGAGAUCGUUCCACUACAGGGAAUACCCUGAAAACAGGAUUCAAUUCUGCUCUGACGACCUACUUUUUUGGAGCUGAUCUGAAAGGAAAACUGACUAUUUCACACUUCUUAGAGUUCCAGCGCAAGCUGCAGCAUGAUGUCCUGAAGCUUGAGUUUGAACGGCAUGACCCCGCAAAUGGGAGGAUCACUGAGCGUCAGUUUGGUAGCAUGCUGCUGGCUUACAGUGGAGUGCAGUCCAAGAAGCUUAUUCAUAUGCUGAAGCAGCUCAAGAAACACUUUCAGGAUGGAGAGGGACUGACAUUUGAAGAAGUGGAAAAUUUCUUUACUUUCCUGAAGAAUAUAAAUGAUGUGGACACUGCUUUGAGCUUUUACCACAUGGCUGGUGCUUCUCUUGAUAAAGUCACUAUGCAGCAGGUAGCCAGGACAGUGGCAAAAGUGGAGCUUUCCAACCACGUGUGUGAUGUGGUGUUUGCUCUCUUCGACUGUGAUGGAAAUGGAGAGUUGAGUAACAAGGAGUUUGUCGCCAUUAUGAAGCAGCGACUUAUGAGAGGCUUAGAGAAGCCCAAAGACAUGGGAUUUACACGACUCAUGAGGGCAAUGUGGAAAUGCGCUCAGGAGACAGCUUGGGACUUCACCAUGCCUAAACAAUAGCCACAGACAGUGGAAGAAGCUGGAUUACCACAUGCUGAUGGGGCCAUGCAUCUACCUGUGCUGCUCUGGCAGUAUGUCAUGCCAUCAAGUCAGGUGUUCUGUAGAUGAACGUUCAUCAUGCAGAUAUCUCCUGGAUGACAACAGCCUCAUUGCUACACUGAACUAGAAAGAAACAAAGACAGUUAACUGAGGUUUCUCUAAACACCUUAAUGGAAAUUGAAGCCUACUGUAUCUUUUAUUUUGCUAGUGCUUUUGCCUCCAUGAUAUUUAUCUCUCAGGAAAAUCACAAAGUUAAUUAUCUCUGUGUAUUGCUUUGCUUCUGUGCUAUAGUCUGCAUCCAACAAACCUAGGGUAUUAUGUAGAACAUAAUAGUGCCAGAAAACAACAUUGGUCAACAACGCAGUUAAGUGCAUCAAAUAGUGAGAGUGCUGAAGUUGUUUAUAAGAAAGGCAGAGAUAAGGGUGAGAGUAAAACCUCAGAACUUUCUCAAACCUGAUUUUUUUUCCCCAUGAGAUGAGAUUUUUAUCUCACAGGUUUGUGUGAAAUGAGGACGGUAUGCAUGCCCCAUGACAGUUGUUGCCUUUUAUAUAAGGAGUUAAGAAUAAUGACUUUUUUUUUCUCCUGGCUUUUUCCUCUAUCACAAGAAUCUUACAAUGCCUAAGCACCUGCACAUAUAUGCCCUUUGUAAUUCUUUUUUAAUAGUUGACUUCUUCCCCUCUUGGAUUGUUCUUUUGGACACAGCACAUCGGCUUAAAAAUGUUAAGUGAAUGCCUGACUGCUUGUAAAAUAUGGCUUUAAUUAUAUUGGUUCACAGCAAAAGCAAAUAUUCUUAUUUCACUUAUUUUAUGAGAAUCCUUGUGACUUGUAGCAGUUUGAUUUUGCAUUGGCAGCAAGCCCAUAAAAAGGGUAAUUUCUGCUGAAAAUGAAUGCCUCCUAAAAAUACAAGAAGUAAACACAACAGUCAGUUUCAGAG